UUUCCCAUUUGCUUAGAGAUUAAAAUUCAAUUUAUGGGAACAUCGCUGCCGAUCGCAACCAACAAGCUUCAACAUCUCGCAAAAGUCACCGCCUUCAACGGAGCGAAAAAAGGCCAAACCCCCAACGCAGCAGCGGCGGCGGCGGCGGCGGAUUGUAGGUGAAGACAAACCCAAUCCCAAGAAGAAGAUGGAGAGCUCCAGCGCCACUCAACGCCUGCCUCUCUCCGAGGUUGUCUCCGAUUGCGUCAAGCGGUGGUUCAAAGACACUCUCAAGGAAGCCAAAGCUGGGGACGUUAACAUGCAGGUUCUCGUCGGUCAAAUGUAUUAUAGUGGCUAUGGGAUUCCCCGAGAUGCCCAAAAGGGAAGAAUUUGGAUGACAAGGGCAUCGAGGCUGCGCUCUUCGGUUUGGAAAGUCAGCGAUAAGCAUCCAGGUUAUAAUGCAAGCGAUUCUGAUUCGGAUGAAAUCAAGGGUGAUUCUUGAGUUAACAUACUUUGGUCUCUGCGUUUAUAACAUUUAGAACUGUGAGUUGCCUUAGUGCUCUGCUUUGUUCUUAUUAAUUUGUAUUCUUCACUGAAGUGAAUAUUAUAGAAU